AUGGAACGCCAUCCAAUCAAAGACAUCGAGGAGGCGGACGAAGUCGGCGCGAAGAUGUUGCGUGAUGCCACCAAGGCCGUCAAAGCUCUGAGGACGGCCGUGGCGUGGUUCCCGGAUGAGGAAACCAAGUUGGCGAGAAAGCGUGGUGCUGAGCGAGCACGCAAGAUCAAGACUGCGUCACUCGUUGCACCUGGGGAUGUCGAGGAGAUCUGGGCACUAGGCGCCAAGAGAUCUUGGGGAGAUGGCUGGCGAGAGAUGGAUAAUGAUAAGUUAAACCACUUACUUCAGUUUCCCGGUGGCAAGCCCGCACUCUUUGCGGAAUUGCGGUCGAAAACGGGACUAUGUGCCUGGGAUGCAGAUGCGGCAUCGACGUUCGUGAGGGAGAACGAAGAUAUGGAGCCAUUGUUCCUCCUGUGGCACCAGCGAGUAGGUGUCGCGGCGAUCGUCGACAAGAUAUGGGGGUCUGCGCUAAACGAAGGUAACACUCCGGGAAUUUUAAUAGCGGACGAAGUAGGCGUUGGGAAGACAGCACUCACCAUGGGCACCAUCGCCUUCGUCAUCGAUGCUUACUGGGUUCAAGAAGUCGCUGCCGGACGAGGAAAACCUGCCGGGGCGACUGCAAGUAUCAACCUGACCAACCUUCGCCCAGCCCCCAUCCUCGCCGAACGCCCGUAUUUUGCAGGCAGAGAUGCAAUCCCGAACCUGCCCCACGUCAUCAUCGUGCCGAAUUCCUUGAUCAAUCAAUGGUAUUCGGAGCUACGCACCUUCUUCGCCCCCGGAGCUGUCGAGAUCUACAGGUAUCCGUCAGCAGAAAGUGAGUUUGGCGAUUUCUGGAACGGUCCAUGGGCCACGUCGGCCACGCCAUUGAUUCAUCGAAUCAUCUUGGUCACUCAUUCCAUCAUGGCUACCUUAGGCAAAGUGUUCGACACACGCAAAGGCCUCGCAGGACACAACAGUCACAAGGCGUCGGACGAGACACGCUCCAUCAGACAACGGAAACAAGCAUCGAAAUGUCUGUGGGCCGGACGUGAAUUCCUCAGCAUUUCGAUCGACGAAGUCCACGAGAUGCGCAACCUUACUGCAGGUUUUUACGCGACACUCGAGGUCACGAAGGCCUCCGUCAUUAAAUUACUCGCAUCAGGCACUCCACUCUACACCGGCCCGAUGGAUCUUUGCAAUAUAGGUCGGUUAGCGCGGAUCCAGCACUUCAUGGGCAAGGAGGGCGACGCGCGUGAUAAAGAUCACAUCAAGCAACUUCGUGCUGCACGUCGAGCGAUGACGCAGGAGGAUAAGAAUGACGCUGCCGCACAUACCAUUCGUUUGAUGGCCGGUGAACCAACCGACGACGAGGAGCCUGAAGCCAGGCUGCGCAUACGCAAGGUAACGAGUGCCUGGAUCACUAACAUUAAGCGAGGCUACGCUGGGCGGGUGAUUCGACGCACCGUCGAUUCCAAGACUUUCGACAACAAGAAAAUCAACGACACCCUCACGCCCUACAAAAUGAUCAUCGUACCUGUGCAUUUGGACGACACGGAGCUGGACAUCAACAAAAGCGUCAUGGCUCAGAUCACCGGCUCAUCGUUAGUCGCAACACUGGAUGAUAGUGCCAGUUUUAACACGAAAUUUUACCUCGAUGGCCGCACAAAGGUCGCGUUCCCCCAUCACACGUCGCCCACCUAUCCUGCUGUUAAGUCCCUCGCUGAAUGGCAGACGGUCAAGUCCUCGAAGGUUGACACGUUGGUCAACGUGCUCGGGUGGCACCUCGAAAACGACGAACACGAUAUAUUUAUAUGGUCAAAACAGAAAUAG